UGGGGUGUGCGGGGCUGUGCAGCCCACUGGCUGCCUGUGCGUGCAGCAUCGCAGGUGCAGCCACUGAUGAGCUCUGGGCCCUCAUUGGCCCCUUCGCCCCAGCCUCUGCCUGUAUCGCAGCGGCCCAGCCCCGGGGCAUUCACUUUGGCAGCUGGGCAGGCGGCUCCAUGAGGCUCCCUCUCUGCCUCCUGGGCCUUGGGCCCCUUGUGCUCACUCUCCAGGCUGCUCCCCCAGGAGCAGCCCCUGAGGAGCAGUUGACCAUCUUCCUUCACAUCACCCGCUGCAACGGGAUCCUGCUGCUCUGCCACCAGGGCCAGCUGGGCACCGCAUGCACAGACACCUGGGGCUUCCCGGAGGCCGUGGUGGUCUGCAGGGAGCUGGACUGUGGGGCCCCCUUGGGUGCCCCCAAAGAGGUCCCGGGCCCUGAGAUAAUGGCUCAGCCCUGGCUGCACGGCCUGACCUGCCAGGGCAACGAGUCCUCCAUCCAGGAGUGCGCUCUCGGUGCCUGGGGCCCUCGGCCCUGUCUGCACGACUGGGUGCCGGCCGUGAUGUGCGUGGGUAAGGGCUGCCCCUCCCCCCAUUCCCUCUGAUGCCCGCACUGGGGCCUGUGCUGGACCUGGGAAUAAGAGGUGACCCUGCAGUCCUGCUCCCAGCGGGCAGGGAAGGGGCCCCACCAGCCAUGGGUGCGCAGCUAUCACAGAAGCACAGGAAAGGCCUGUGGCCUGGGGACCGGGCUCAGAAGCGUCCCAGUGCUCUGAGCAGUGUCCAUAUGGGCAAAU